AUGGCAUUCUUGGGCGCUCCUCAAACUAGUAGUACAUUCGACCCGAGAAACGUCGAUCUCGCCACGGCCAACGCGCGCGACGUGAUAUGUGCGCUCACCCUCGCGGAGUCGGGCAACGGGUACAAUGGACACCUGGGGGCGAGGGUGUCUUCGAUCUUUGUCAUCUUGUUUGUAUCUUCGGCUGCGACGGUUUUUCCGGUGUUGGCAAAGUGGUUUCCACGUCUGAGACUGCCGCUUUACGUCUAUCUCUUUGUGAGGUAUUUUGGAGCCGGUGUGAUUGUCGCCACGGCCUUUAUACACCUUCUUGACCCCGCCUACGAUGAGAUCGGCCCUAGUACUUGUGUCGGCAUGACUGGUGGGUGGGCAGAGUAUUCAUGGUGUCCGGCCAUCGUGUUAGCUUCUGUCAUGAUCAUCUUCCUCAUGGACUUUGCGGCCGAAUGGUAUGUAGAGGUCAAGUAUGGCAUCGGUAACCCUCAUCCAGACCUUCAGGAGGCAAUCACGGGAGUAGGAGGGGGAGGAGGUGGUGGUGGUGGUCAAGCAGAGAGAGCAUCCCAGGAGCAAAGAAGAGGAGACCAUGACACAGAAGGACAUGGCCCUAGCAGCGUCUGUGUCUUACCUAUCUCGAGUUCGAGGAAAUCGGCCUUUGAGAAACGAUUCAUCGAAACUGCUGUCGAUAUGAAUGGAGAUCUUGAGGCCGCGGCGGUGCAGACGGCAUUCCGUCAACAGAUUGCCGGCUUCCUCAUCCUCGAGUUCGGCAUCAUAUUCCACUCUGUCAUCAUCGGUAUGAAUCUUGGGGUUUCCGGCGAUGAAUUUAGCACCUUGUACCCCGUGCUGGUGUUUCAUCAAUCCUUUGAAGGUUUAGGGAUUGGUGCACGAAUGUCUUCCAUACCGUUCGAUAGAAGGAGUUGGCUACCAUGGAUUCUCUGCGCCAUGUAUGGCCUUACGACGCCCGUCUCCAUUGCCAUCGGAUUGGGGUUGAGAACGACUUACAAGCCAAAUAGUUUUACAGCCAACGUUGUGAGUGGUAUUUUUGAUGCAGUGUCUGCUGGAAUCUUGAUCUAUAGUGGGUUGGUGGAGUUGUUGGCCCGAGACUUCAUUUUCAAUCCGGUCAGGACCAGAGAUGGGAAGAGGAUUGUUUUCAUGCUCGUCAGUGUUUACCUUGGUGCUGGGAUUAUGUCGCUGUUGGGCCAUUGGGCAUAA